AUGGCUGUCUCACUCUACGAUAUCUCAGUUGUCCCUUUCAUCAAGAGCCUCAAGACAUUAUCAACGUCUCCAGAACUCCUCGCAAAAGGACAAGCACACUUUGAAGAUGAAUCUAAAAUUAUCAACGCAAAAUUGAUUGAUGAUAUGGGAGAUUUGAUUUUCCAAGUCCAAAGAGUUUCUGACUCUGCUAAGGGAUUGGCAGUCCGAGUCGCUGGUGCGGAAAGUGUUGCUUUGGAGGACAAUGAGAAGGAUUUCGCCGGUCUCUAUACCCGCAUCAACCGCACAAUCGAGAUUCUCGAAGCCCUUCCCUCUACCUCUACAGAUGGAAAGGAAGAUACGGAGGUAGUAUUGAAGCUCCCAAGCGGAGACCUAAAAUUCACUGCUAAGGACUAUGUUCUUAACUUUGCAAUUCCAAACUUCUACUUCCAUGUCGUUACUGCUUAUAACAUUUUGAGAAAGGAAGGCGUACCGGUUGGAAAGUUUGAUUUCCUUGGAAGAGGUAAUUAA